CGCGCCGCAGGAGGCUUGUGGUGAGAGCUGCGCUCUGCUGUCCCCCGCCGGCGGUCAGCAGACGGUCCCGCGUCUGCCCCGGUCCCCGCCCCUCACCCCCCACCCCGAGCCGUGGACAUGGAGGUGGACGUCGGCUCCGUGGUCUCGGGGCUGUCGGGCGGGGAUGGAGCAGGCGCGGGCCCGCCCGAUGAGGAUCAGGAGAUGGAAGGGGCUCCCAGCUGUUCGGGGGCGCGCCCCGUCCCCUUCGAGUUCGAGCGGAGCCGCUCGGAGUCCAGCGGCGAUGAGGACGACGACGAAGACGACGAGGAAGAGGAGAUAGAGGAAGAAGAGCUCGAGGGGGACCCCGGGACUCGGUUCGGGACUGAUGACGGGGACCUCGACUCGGACUACGACCGUGAGCGUAUGAUAAACCUCGCAGAGUUGACCCCUUACAUCCUGUGUUCCAUCUGCAAAGGUUACUUUAUUGAUGCUACAACCAUUACAGAAUGCCUGCACACCUUUUGUAAAAGCUGCAUAGUGAGACACUUCUACUAUAGCAACAGGUGUCCAAAAUGCAACAUUGUUGUACAUCAGACACAACCCCUUUAUAAUAUCAGGCUGGACCGACAACUGCAAGACAUAGUUUAUAAAUUAGUUGUCAAUUUGGAGGAAAGGGAGAAAAAACAAAUGCAUGACUUCUAUAAAGAAAGAGGAUUAGAAGUGCCCAAACCAGCUGUCCCACAGCCAGUUCCAGUGAGCAGAGGAAGACCUCGAAAAGUCCUGGGCUCUGUGUUCCGGAUCCCACCAGAGCUUGACAUCUCCAUACUGCUUGAGUUCAUUGGAGCUAAUGAAGGCACAGGGAACUUUAAGCCUUUGGAAAAGAAGUUUGUGCGUGUUUCCGGAGAGGCAACAAUUGGACAUGUGGAGAAAUUCCUCAGAAGAAAAAUGGAUCUGGACCCUACUUGUCAGGUGGACAUAAUAUGCGGUGAUCACCUCCUAGAACACUACCAGACUCUGAGGGAAAUUCGUCAAGCUAUAGGAGAGAGUGCAGUACAGGAUGGUUUACUUGUUCUGCACUAUGGCCUGGUGGUAUCUCCAAUGACUGUAACUUAAAGAUCGGUAGAAUAUUAGAAGGCUAAAGAAUCCGAAGUCAUCAAGCGUCUUCACUGCUGUUUCUCACCAAAGAAGGCCAUCGUAUUUCCUGUGAUAGGAAGCAAGGAACUACCACGAACUACUGUAUGCUCAUAAUGUAACGUCUGACUUUACCAUUGUCAAAAAACAGCUUCUGUAAGUACAGCUAUAGAUGUUGCUAUGCUUUGUGUUACAAAUAACUGUCUUCAAAUUUCACUCUGCUCAGGGAAUUAAAAUGCUCAGAGUAGCUGCAUUUUUUUACUUCCUAAAACCACAAGAUCUCAUGGGGUGAACAGCCUUUUUUUUCCUCUAAACUAUUAGGUAUUGCUUGUUUUCUAAGUGUCUAGCUAGAACAGCGCUCUCAGGGAUGAUCUUCAGUGGGCAGUGUAAGUUAUUUAGGGGAGGAGACAUUUGCCUAAAAAAUAAAGUGUACUGUGAUCAUCUGUCUUCAGAUAUGAUUUGGGAAGAGGAAGGGAACUUCUAGAAAUACAGACCAAAAUAGGUAGAAAAUGUUGUAUUGUAAGCAUUGGGUUUUGAGAAGUAGCAUUAAAUUUAAUUGUUUUUCUGAAGAAAAACAAUUUCGUUUGCACUGGAAAUAUAGGUAGUUUGGCUUAUACCAAAUGGUGGAUCAUGCAUCUCUAGUCUUAAUGGAGAUGAGCCGGCUGUGAGCUGGUUAAACUAUGCAUGAAAAUUAAAAAGGUAGCACCUCUUUCUACCUGCUUGCUGUAUGUAAAAUAAUCACUGUCAGCCUCAUUCUGCUGUCAUGUAAGAUCCAUCAGCUGACUUGAGUAGCAGGAGCAUAAAUCCUUUAGCACAUAGCUUUCUAGCUGCCAUGGAGAUGGUAGUUUUUUACACUCUUUUUAAUGUGUUUUAGUGUGUUGUAGUGGAGACCAGGGUUGAGUAAUAUAAUACUAGCUUGUUACUGCCAGGGUCACAGAGGACAUUAAGGAACUUUAAUUUUAACAUAUUUAACAUACUAGAUUUUGUGGCAACUGUAAUAAUUAUUAUUAUUUUUUCUGUUUCCAUGGUUUCUUGCACAGCAUUAAGGACCGGUGUUUUGUGUCUUAACAGUCUUGCUGCAUACUAGGUCAUCAGUGUGGGGAUUCAUGAAAGCUGCCAUUAUGCACCAGACCCCCUCCCUAUAGUCAAAUCUGGGAGAGGGGGGAGAUUCCUUUGUAAGGCAUUUUGGAGCACCCAGGUUAGCUGAUGCACUUGCUUGUUGCCAGCCUAAGAGGACUGGCAUCCUUUGCCUAAAGAAGACUUUCAUGAAUCCUUCCUCAGGUCUUUACAAUAAAUGUUCUGUAUCAUCUGAGAAGGUGACACCAUAAGAAAAAAAGUCUUAUUUGAAGUAAUUAUUGUAAUGCUUCUAAAAUAACAAAAACAUUUGUAGCUACAAAUUCCUAUUUUACCUUUGAAGUUUGUAUAAAAGUAGUGUUUAAAAUGCAGCAAAAAAUGAGAUUAUUUUGUAAACACUUUGUGAGUUGUGUUGAUAAGAGAUUAUAUAUUGUAACAGUAAAAUAAACUUUAUUUUAGCCAACUUAAA